CUCCGGGACAUUCGCAUCCGAGCUGCCUUGCUUCAAGAAAAAGGCUUAAGCGACGAGAUCCCCUUUCGUCUCUUCAACAAGCUCGACGAGGUCUUGUUCGCUCGACACCUCAAAAGCACCGUCUUUCUCCAAGUUGACAACUUCAACUCUGAUGUGUCAGGCGCCACUUAUACGUACCGGAUGGGGCCCAACCCUGAAGUCAAGCGCAUUUCCAUUGUCCUCAAUCACGAUGCAAUCGAGCACGGCCAAGCGAGGGACAUACUCGCCAUCCUCAUCCACCACAUGAUUCACGCCUAUUUCCUCGUCGCUUGUGGUGAGCAAGCGGAACGCGAAGUAGACUACGGGCGAUUGGAUCAUGGCGUGCAUUUUGGCAAGAUCAUGCUGACCAUCAAGCGACUGUCAGCUGUCCACCGUCGAGAGCUUACACCCUUGGACUAUGGGCAUUCCUCACCCGGUACUCGAUACCUUGCCGACGAGUACUACAGCUCGUGGAGAAGAGAAGAAAUAGAACUCGAAGACAAGGAGAAGUGGUAUUGCAGCCACUGUCACUGCUACGUGCGAGGGCCAUCGGACAGCGAUGUGGAUAAGUGGUACAGGAAGGUUUGCCAGCCCAUGUUCGACCAGCCGCAUUGUGUGCGAGGACCCGAAGUGCAUAUAUACAACGACCGACGACACGAGCUUGAGGUCAGACGCCGCGCUCGCCUGGUGUCGUCUGCAAAGUCGGUCGAGUUCAUGUUCAGAGAGAGGCCAGUUUUGGUAGAGGGGAACAGGAUUGAGAAUUGUCUCUCUGUCAUGAGGGCUUUUGACAGGGCUGGCAGUCGCUUUCUCAAGGUCCCCAAGGAGAUCUCAGAGGACACGUUUAUGCGCUUUCUGGAAUUCAUACAUACUGGGUCUUACCGCUCCGAUCCACUGCCUUUUGCUGCUGCCGCCGGUCUAGACAUUGAACGCAGGGGUCCGCCCAUCAUCAAGCCCCAGACUACGACUACUGCGGCAAUUGUACUGGCAGAUGUGCAGUUUGCCAAGUUCAGUAUCCUGAUGGACUUCGAGGAGUGUAAGACGUACGCCCUGAACCGCAUGAAUGCCUACGGGAUCCUCUACGAAGACCCCGUAGCUGUUCUCAAGGAAAUCUAUCGAGGCUAUGAGCCGGACUCUGAGCUCAAAGCAUGGGCACGAAAGUUCCUCACGCGCGCCCCAGCUACAUCGAGUCAACCAGACUACCACCAGUCCAACCCAUCGAGUGUCAGCAGCACCGUGGAGCCACCCAACCUACUGAAGCUUGAAAGUGAACACUGCUUCUACCGGGCCCGCUUCUUCGAUGCCAUCGAGGCUAGUGGAGCACUAGAAAACGACGUCAAUAAAGCUCGUGCAGAGCUCAAAGCUGUGGGAUGGUAUGAUUGGUCU